CGCAAAUCUGUCAGACUAUCAAAUCCAAAGCAAACUACCCUUUCUUCAACCUUACACACAAAACCCCCCAUUCAAUCAUCAUGAGAUUCGCCGUUUUAAUGCUGGGCAUUUUCGUUGCGACCGUCAUGGCACAAGCACAAGAACCGUACUGCGAUUAUGGAACUGAGGGCGAUGGCGGUUGCGAAGCAAAUGGCCAAGCAACCUACUGCGUGAGUACUACAAUUGAUGGUUUACACAUUGUACAUAGACUAAUUCUGGUUUCAGUGCAUACCUGACGAAUCCGAUCGCGACGCAUACCCUAUUAAAAGAAAGAUCAGUGUUUUGUCCGCGAACAUGAGCGGUUCGUCCCAAUGCACAGCGCCAGGAGGCAAAGUGAAGGACGCUGGAAGGAUUGGUUGUGGUCCAAGGUAGAGGCUUUUUGGAGUGUUGGUGUAUAGUGGAAUCGGGUUCGGAGUUUAGGCGGUUUUGCACCCGGCGUGCGCUGGUUAUUUGUUUGAUCGUUUAUCCUGAACUCUGUUGGUCUUUUGUAG